UUAUCAUUAAUUUGAUGCGUAGAAUGAAUUGAAUACACAUAUGUAUGAAUAUACUCAUAUAAAUAUAUUCAUACUAUAUAUAUAUAAAUAUAUAUGUAUUUCGAUUCAUAAACAACAUUGUUUAUUUAGUUACGCUCAAUGAAAUAAUUGAAAUUAUGCAUUAAAAAUUAUUCAGUUAAAAAUAUUACAGUUGUAAUAUUAUAUUAUUUAUUUUAUGGAUGAAUGAAAAGAAGAAAAAAGUUCACCUCUAGACAGUAUUAAAUAAUACUUUGAGAUGACAACGUUAAAGGGCAUUUUUCCUGAUUCAAAAUCGAUAAAAGGAAAAAAUUUCAUACAAGAAAAUGUAAAAAAUCUUCGUCGUAUAGAACAUUUACAUAUUAAUAAAAGAAUAGAAGAAAAAUCACAAUAUAACAAAAAAAAAAUUAUUGGUAACAAUAACACCAAUAACAGCAACAGUAACAAUAAUAAUAAUGAUAAUGUUUUAUCAAAAAUUAAUUCAAAUUUUCGUAUAAAAAGACAUGACGAUACUAAUGUGAAUUCAAAUAGUGUAAAUAAUAAAGUAGAAUCUCAAGAACUAUAUAAGAAACUCAGUACUUCAGCUUUAAAUAAAAAUAAUAUUUCUACAAAAAAGGCAAUAUAUUCAUCGAAUAAAAAUUUAAUAAAUAAAGAAAAAAAGAAAGAACAUAAGGGAUUGCAUAAAACUAUACAAAAAUUACAUGAGAAAAUUUCAUCGGAUCCUAAUUUUUCAUGUAAAUCAAUUGGGGAUAUUGAUAAUAAUAUGAAAGUUCAAGUUGAAGUUAAAAGUCAAGCUAUUCAAACUUUGAAUACAAAGGAAAUUGAGGAUUUAUAUUCAGAGGGAGUAAUUAAGUAUCCUUCAAAAAAACAUUUAAAUUAUAAUGAAGCAUCAACUAAUAAUAAUGCAAAUGAACAAAUUGAUGUAUCUUCAAGGAGUAUAAAAAAUUCACCUUUAGAUCAAGGAGAUGUCCAAGUUCUUGAAAAAAAUGUACAUAACAAAAAUGGUAUAAAAAAUUCCAAAUUUGUAUCACCUAAAGAAGAGAUAGAUUUUAUUAAAUUAAACAAAGAACAUACUUCUAUGACUAAUAAAAUAACGCAAAUGAAUAACAAUACCAAUAAUAUUCUUCCUAAUAAUUAUCGUAUGGGUGUAAUUCCAAAGUAUAUUAAAAAUAGAAAAGAAAUUCAGGUACAGAAAGCUAAAAUAGAAGAAUUAGAUCCUAAUUGUCCAAAUGGACAUAUUCCAUUGCCUGAUUGCGAACGUAAAGAAACAUUACAAAUGUUAAAAAAGAAUUAUCAAGAUUAUGUAACCGAGUUAAAUAUGAUGCCUAUAAAAGUAGAUACACUUAGGGCGCAGCGACGAAAAAUAGAAAUAGAAAAGCAAUUGAAUAAAUUAGAAGAAGGAAUAAAAGUUUUCUCAAGACCAAAAGUUUAUGUAAAAAUGAAUGCUUAAAUUAUUAUUUUCUUAAAAAAGGUUACAGAGGGUGUAACAUAAUCUAUAAGAAACAACAAAAAAGCUCCACAAGUGUUUUUCUCAUUUUUCAAUGGAGCUUUACCAUUUCGUCAAAUUGAGUAUAUAUUUAUACUCUUGAAAGUCAAAAAGUAAAAGAACAUUUGAGAACAUUAGGAUUUUAAUAUUAUUUAUAUGAUACAAACAUAUAUUAUUCUUUUUAUACAUUCUUAUUUAAUUCUAUUACUUCAUAUGUUUUUGGGUU